GUCGCAUGGGCGGCUUGGAUAUUUAACUGGGUAGUUGUUUGGCUCAGAACAGCAGUGGACGGUCAAAGUAAACUCUGUGGUGGAUAUCUUUCCUUCAGUUCUCCUCCUUGGACCUUUCGGACCGUUUGGAUCUAAACCAAGAUGGAAAACGGUCACGUGAAAAUCCACGACCCCUUCACCAACCACAAAAACCUCAGCACCACCAGCUCUACCUCAGACUCAGACGGCAUGGAGGACACCCCAGAGUUCAGACUCCUCAUGGCGUACGCUCAGAGGAGACGGCGGGACACUCCUGCAGACGAAGGCCAGAUUGAACUUGAAGCCCAAGGCUUACCUGCAAACGGGUCACCUCAGGCCCCAGGGAAGGCGAAGGAGGAGAGGAAGAAGAAGAGGAAGAAGGGAUGGAAACGCCUGUCAAAGAUUUUGAGCUGCAUCAGUCCUCGAUCCGAACCAAAAGGAGAGUCUCCUGCGGACGGGAUGUGUCGCACCGGGGAUUUCAGAGGAGGUCGGGACAGCACAGAAGAUGAGAAGCUGGAGGAGGCGGCGAACAGACUGACAGAAAUCGCUGAUGCAAUCCCGUUCACCCCUCCGGAGGUGGAGACGGACUCUGCAGACGAUGUGGAGAAAGUUAUCGGCCUGCUGCUGAGGGACGUUGGAGACGGACUGACUGAACGGGGGGAUCUGCGAAGGGCCAUGGUAGACAUUUUGUGGAACUACGGUUUCUUCGAGAGGUUGAUGACUACGCUCCUCACCAGGAUGGGGAUCCUGCCCUCAAACCCAGAAAACCCAGAACCACAGACAUCGUCCAGAAGACAGAUCGCUGUGACCUGCGAGGUCGCCAGUCGUCUGUCAGCGGCCGACACGCUGCCCUCAAACCGCCUGCUCGGUCUCGGGGCGAGAUAUCUUCAAGAACAUCACACAACCUGGGCUCAGCAGCAGGGCGGUUAUGAGGAGGCUUUUUACAGCGAGGACGAGGACGACAUCCAGUGAGCAGGAGAAAGGGAGUUUGUAGCUCGAUAUCGCCGCCUUCAGGCAAACAAAGGAACUGCCAUACCUUGCCUUCAGCCUGCAAACACACACACACACACACACACACACACACACACACACACACACACGCACGCACGCACGCACGCACGCACGCACGCACGCACGCACGCACGCACGCACGCACGCACGCACGCACGCACGCACGCACGCACACACACACACACACACACACACACCGGGUCCUUCAUGUGUAACACCUCACACACACACAGGUGUUGCUGGUGCUCAGACACUUUAGCUUUCGCAUUAAGAACUAAUCAAGUCUCAGGAUCUGGAUUUCGCUCUCUGUUUAAUCGGUUUACACACACAUCAAACUCAGACUGGACUCGUCUGUAUCCGUAUGAAAGAGAGAAAUCAACUGUAGCAUGAUUGUCAUAAUUUAAACCGUAUGUUGUCUGAAGUCGUACGAAGUCUAGAGCCAAAGAAGAAGCUGUUUGCACGCCGUGUGAUUUAAAGGAGCAGUGUGUGAUUUCAGCCGUGACUGCAGGCCCUCCCUUCGUAUGAAAGUCUGACACACGGGUCUCUGUGAGUGUUAUUUAUACAGAACAUUUAUUUUUUUCAUGAAAGCUUCAGGGUGUCAAUGUCAAUUUUCAAAUCUGCUUUAUUCGUUUGUUUGAUAAACAAAGUAUUUUUGGGAUGAUGAAUAAGGAUAUGCACUUUUAUAUAAAUGAAAUGAAAUAUUUUGUGUACUGAGGGAUGUUAAGUUGUUGGUGUAAUUCACUGAAGUUCUGUUUACGUUUAUCAAAAAACAGUUGAGUGUUGAUGACUGGAAAUAAACUGUAAAAUGUUGAUUCA